CUUCACCUAACAGCCCUAAAUGAUCCUCUCUCCUCUCCCCUCUCCCAACGACAUCGCUGCCACCUCACUCCCCGUCACUUCCAUCACUUCACCACCACCACAGCAACACCCCACGAAAUCCGCUACCAACGCCCUCUUCUCCUUCCUCACACUCCAUCUCCGAAGCUUGCAGGCCCAUGUGCGAUUUUCAGCCGAUUUUAUGUUUCUCUUUGGCGUCAAAAUCUCUUUUCAAGUUCUCGGCUGAAACAACAAGCUUUCGAAUGGAUUCGGAGACUCGCCGACGACGACAAUAGCCUCAGUUCGCUGUCACGGAGAAGGUAAUCACAUUCGUCCUAUCUUCGUCUUUAAUUUUAUUAAAGUAGAAAUGUAGUCGUCAAGUGUUUUCUCGUCGUUUGUUUGGUUUGGUUGGCUGGAAUAUGUGUUCUGCUCGUUUGUUAUAAAAUAGCGUGAAACGACUAAUUUCGUCGAAUAUGUGUUUAACUCCCGUCGCCUAAUUUUGUCGAAUAUGUGUUUAACUCCCGUCGCCCCAUCGUUGCUCGACAAAAAGGUUAUUUGUUUCUUUGCCUUAGUUCGGCUCUUUUUCGUAGCUCAGUUGGUUUGCGAGUUUGUGUGGAUUAGUUUAGUUCUAAUUUCUGUUGAUAUCAACAGAAAUCCUUUUCCCUUUCCCCGCUUUAUUUACUACUUUACUUGUUGCUUUUUCUCGCAUAUAUGUAUAUAUUUAGUUUGUAGUUUGGAUUAUCUGUGUAUAUGUGUUCAUUUAGUUCAUAGUAGUUCUUAGUUUGAUUAUCUGUUUAUCGUUGGACUUGUAUUUACCUAGUAUGCUCAUUAUUAGCUAAUGAUAGUCUACUAUAGAUAAUUGUCUUAAUUAAGUAUCGCUGCAGAUUAGUCGUAAUGAAUUCUAAAUUUUCUGUUAAUGCUCAGAUACUGUUCAUGUCUUAUUAUUGAUAAAACACUUUAAGUUUUGUACCAAAUCAGGGUCCUUAUACUAUCAGUAUGCAUCCAUGCUUAUUUGGAAUCUGAACAUGGUUUGAUUUUUCUUUCUUCUUGAGUUGGCUGCUGGUUGGCUCAUUAGCAUAACCAAAGGCUUGACGACACUUAACUUAAGCACCAUGUACAUGCUUGCAAAACCCAUAGGGUACUUCAAUCACUGUUUGCAUCUACACUAGCUCGGGUUCGAUUUGCCUAGGUGUUUUGUCUUGCAACAAAAUAUUUUCUUAGACUAAGAUUGGUCGUCCCAUGUGCUGUGAUAACACCUUCUUUGGAUAAGAAGUCUACCUUGUCGUUCAUGAUUGUCCUUGUGACAUAAAUCCCCAAACUUCCCUGAGCUGCUACUAGUUUGGCAUUUGUUGUUUGCUGCUGUGUUGGUUAACUGCCUAUUGUAGCUAGCUGUUACUAUCAUCUUGUGAUGCUCAGUUUUAAAGAGGAUGCUGGUCAAGAGCAGACAUUACACUUGAGUUUGUCACUUCCUUUGAGCAUAAUCAUUGUUGUAUUUGGGCCACUGCGUUUUGUUGUUGUGCUUGGUUUGUCACUGCAUUUCUUUUGCCACUGUUGCUGCAUUUUGGCCAUAAAUAGUUGCCUAUUUUCAAGGCAAAUGUUAUUGAAUGUUUGUUGCACUGGAAGGACUUGUCUGGAUGUUGUUAUUCCAUUAUUUAGCCACUGCUGGAUCAGCUGAUUUGUCCCUCUAUUUGGUUUCUAACUUUUAUUUCUCUGAAGGAUAGAACACUGUUUCAACUUAGAGAUUGACAAGUCCUUCAGCUCAAUCUGAAUUAUGCUUGUCUAAUACAUAUGUAUGAACCCCUGGGCAGAUGCUUAAAACCAUUAGUUACGUCAAGAAUUGAUUAGUCACGCUAGGUUAUUGGCACUAGUUUGUUGUAUGCUUUUCUUUACUAAAAAUCUUGAAAAGAGGUGAUUUAGGAUAACAUCUAAAGGACCCUAACAGUUCAACGUUCUAUUGCUAAAAUGAGACUGGUCUAGCAUGCUAUGUUUGUUGAUAUUGAAUGAAAAGUCUGAACUUCGUCAACUUCUUUAUUUUUGUAUCACUGCUUGUUGGAAUGGAUUAGAGAAUACUUGUCUGGUUUGCAUCUUCUUUUAGAAAACAUGGUUACAGAAUGUAUAAAUUGGAUUGAAAGCUGCCUUAUGUCAUAUUUUGGAUACAAUGUUAGGGUUCUGUUUCUUCUGUCUCUUUCCGUGCUAACUAGUCAAAGUGAUGUUGUCUAUCUUGUUUGUUGUAUACGCUUAUGUGUUGAACACCUCUUUAGAGGGCAUAUUGGAGUACUUUACCAUUGGAAAUCUCUCUAUAGAUUAAUCAAGUUUCUGGAAGUAGUUAGGCUUUGUUAGUUUAAGUUAUUUAUCAUGACACAUCGCAUUCAACGAUUAAUUACUUCAUUCCUAUUUGUUAAAAUUAGCUUACUGUUUUCAUUCUUCAAGAGUAUUAAUUAAAUAAAAAUAGAAAUGUACUUUUUUAUGGAAGAGUACUCUCUGUUCACGCUGUAGAAGUCUCGCUUCGGCUGCUCCGAUUUAAUUACUAGUGCUAUGCAUAGUUAUAGAAUAUAUUGGCAUGUGGCUGAUCUUAAUUACAUCUCUUUAGCAAUAAUCUAACUGUUGAAUCAAUUGGGACCAGUAAUGGUUUUAAACGGAAAUAAUAUGUUUGGUCCUCGAGUUGUUUUGUUGCUGGUCAUGAACACAUUAUAACAGAAGCAUAUUUCAAAGUAUUGCAAUGUGAUGUUAGGAGUGGAAUAUUACUCCUUUUAGAAUUAAUACUUGUAUUGUCUUGAUAAUUACCUUCGUUUUAACAUGACUUCAUCUCUAGCCAUGAAUAUUAGUAUCUUUAUAUUUUACUAUUGCAUACUUAUUCUUCCUUUUGUCUCUUCUAUUUACAUGUACACUUGGGAGCAUUUGGAGUUAUGGCAACUCCGGAUUUUGCCCAGAAUUAGAAGAAAUCAGUAGCAGCUGUGUUUAUGCUUAUGUCCAGCAGUCCCACCUCAUUCGUGUCUCGAGUCUAUGCCCUCCCUCCUCUCUUCACACAUUUGUAUCUUAUGUACUUACUUGUGUUAUAUGUUUUUUACACCCUCCGACUAACGUUCUUUUAUGGAUUUAUGUUUUGUAGUGUACUUGUUCCGAGUGUGGACUCGUUAAAGUAAUUAAGUAGAAUAGUGUGUUCAACUGCUUGUCUCCCCUCACCCUUUAGGUAUCAAAUUCGGUAUAAUCACUUGACAUGGGAGCACUGAAAUAAUGACAUCCUUUUCUUUUUUUUUUUAAAAGGGGGGAGGGUAGCUUUUUAGCUGUUGCUAACAACGUUUUCCAGGUACUUCAAUACAGAUUUUGCAAAGCUAAGAUGCUGAUUUUUUUACUGAAAACGCAGGGCUUAAACGAAAAAAAAAAAGGGGGUCUAAUAGCUAGAUAUCGGAUAAAACAGCGUCUAAAAAAGCGGAUUGGGGCCUCUGGACCGCGGCACAUUUGGUGUUUUUGGGUCUCAACUGACCAGGCCCCCGAAAAAUUUCGAAAAGGGUAUCUGUCCAAUUGAUGCUUCAGAAAUACAAACAAAUCCUUCUUUUAAACAAUUGAUUUUCAUAAGCUCAAACAUUUUCAGAAUUUAUUUCUUCUACUACUAACAUGAGCAGGCCCUAUUACUAAAGUUCAAUACAAGAACUCCAUAUUAUGGUCCAAGUAUAGUGAUCCAAUCUAUUUUACGAGAGCUAUAAGGUAAAUAUUCCAUUUUAUAUACACACAUACAAAUAUAUAUUAUCUUAUUUUCGGUAAUUCCCUUAAUCAUCUUUUUCAUCAUGUGUAUGCAUAUAUAUUAUUUCCAUAUCACAAAAAUAGUUUUUUUUUUUGAACCAUUUUAUACCAUUUUUCAUAGGAUAUAAAUAUCUCACAUAUACAUUAUUUUUUUCUAAAAAAUAUGCAUUCCUAAUCCUCCCAUUUUAUACUAUUGUAUACAACAUGAAUAGAUAUGUAUAUGUUUACAUCUCAUGUAUAUUAACUACUGCCUCUACAAUAAACAUACCCAUGUACCAUUUUCAUAUGCAUAUAUAUCACAUAUACUAUCUAAUUCUUUUAUAUAUCAUAUAUAUACAUUAUUUUCUUAUAAAAAUAUACCUCUCCUUAUUCUAUGCUAUAUAUACUAUUCUCAUAUGAGAUAAAUGUCAUACAUAUUUUCCUCAUGCAUACAUUAGCAUUAAUUAUUUCCUUUAUAUAUAAGCAUUUACUCACAGUUACAAUUACGUUAAAAACCUCUUUUUUAUACAAAUAGUUUUGAGAGAGUAGUUUUCUUUUCCACAAUUCUUUAAAUAGGUGAUAAUAAAUAAUUAAAUAAUCCCCCUUUAGUGUUAAUUAAACUAUGUUUAAAGACUGUCUUCGGAUAGACUCUGAGAGAUGCUUAAUACCUUCCCCUCGGAGUAAAUAAAACCCUUAUCUGGAAUCUCACAGGUUUCAAAGACUAAAAACUGGAGUUUAGUUUUUUACAAAUGGUUCCUAAUAUUUUCUAAAAUUAGGUAGCGACUCUGAAAAUUUUCAAAAAACCAAAGGAAACAUAGUCAUAAGUUGUGAACUAGUUUUAACCCGUUAAAAAUAGGGCAUGACAGGCGAUAACCGUGAUAUUUCAGAGCUAGACGAGGAAAGAAUGUUUUUAGUUUCUUCAAUUAUUUCUCAGGUUACUGAAGAAUCUCUUGGUUCUGUCCAGGAAAGGUGUCACUGGACAAAUUCCGAUCUCAAUAUCAUAGUUCUGGUAAAGGAUGGGCCUGCAACUGCUCAUCUUCCAUUUUUCGGCGGUGUAUCUCUAUCCCUUUAUAUUGGCUUUUCUUUGCCUCUUCCGCCGUUGAUAGAAGAAUUGUGCCGUCGCCUGAAUAUUUGUGUGGCACAAAUUACACCUGGGGUCUGGCGACUGCUUCAAUUACUCGAGCAUGUUGCUCAUCUGGCAGGAGUGAAUAUUACUCUUGACCAUAUUUUAUAUUUCAAUUCAAUUCGUUUUAUCCGGGGCUCUAUGAUUAUGUUUAAAGCUCGGGGAUCUAGUAAAUUGUUUGAUCACCUCGAAGAUGGGCAAGACCGGCAUUGGUGUGACGAGUUCGUAUUUAUCUCCACUGCUCAACUGGUGAACGGGGAUGCUGAUAUCUUCCCGGAGAAAUGGAACGUGAGAGUUCGGCAGCUUUUAAUCCUGGAUUGGUUAAACCUUCAAAUAUAAAGGAGUUUACUGAAGCUGUGAUUCGAGCUUCGGUGAAUGUUCGUACAUGGGGGGCGUAUGCCAUUUCUAAAGGUAUUCGUACUCUUAAAGAGACGACACCGGAUGGAGUUGCUACGAAAGGCAGAGGUCCUUCAAAAAAGAGAGUAGUAAAGAAACGACUAACACUUUCGAGUGAUGACGAUUCGACGUUGGAAAAAAUAAGAUCUCUCACUAGUAAGAGGUCUAAUGCCGAUUUUAAGGAUCCCAAAGCUGUUGGCAAGCCUGCUGCUAUGAACGCCGUACUUGCUCAGGAAGUGAAAAUUUUCAAGGCAGAACGCAACUCUUCUGUUGCGAAGUUAGACAGGGCCAAAGGUGAGAUAGUAGAGCUUCGAGCUGAAGAAAGGAAUUUUCAGAAAUGAAUUGAUGAGCUCGAAAAAAGAAAAAGCCGAAGCUUUUCGCAUAGCAAAACAAGAAGAGUUGGUUAUCAGUGAUUUGAAGCAAAAAUUAGUGGAAUCGAAUCAGCUUCAAAUUGAUCUUCAAAACAAAUUGUGGGUUCAAAGUGCCAAAUUCAGCAAACUUGAAUCUAAUUUUCAUGCUUUGGAAUUGAAAAAUAUCAAAGAUUCUGGAGAGCUUGCACAGGCUUUGAUUGAUCUACAUCAAAGUAAACAUGAUAUCCAUGCUCUUCGGAAAGAGUUGGCAGAUAAAGAUCGGGAGCUCAAUAAGAAAAGUAUUGCCUUGGCGGGGAAUCAUAAAAAAUUCUCAGAGUUUAUGGGUCAUUCCAAAAAAUUGUGUGAUCACUCAAAUCAACUUCUGGAACGGAAAGAUAUGUACAAGCGACAGAUCGAAAGUAUGGAGAAAGAUUUUGAGGAUGAAAAACAAAAGAUUCUUAGUUGGGUUGUUAUCAAAGUUCGUCAUGAUUUUUUGAAAACUUUCAACCCUACACCUUUUGAUAAUGUUCAAGCUCUCACCGUUGUUGAGCAGAACAUGAAAGAAACCAAAGAAAUCCUUGGAUAUGAUGAGGAUGAAUCUAUGGCUAAAGAAGAAAUGAGUGAAGAGGAAGAUGAUGUUAGUACCUCAGGUGAGGUGGACCUUGUAUCCGGAGACGCAUCAAUUCUUGCGUAUGAAGGUACCGUAAUCGGAGAAGAUCCAAAGGUCGGGGAUGUUUCCGGGAGCACUCCUGUGCAUAUUGCCAAAGAUACCCUUUCUGAGGGUACCGUAAUCGGAGAAGAUCCAAAUGUCGGGGAUGUUCCCGGUAGCACUCCUGUGCAAAUUGCCAAAGAUACUCUUCUCCCAUUUUUUUCGACAGUUUCUUCUUCUCAUGUUUGAAUGCUUCGUACUUCGUGUCCUUCUCUUGUAAGGCUUUUGUUUUUCUGAAUAAAAUUUCUUUUAUUCAUGUUUUUCCUUUGUUAUAAACAAUCUCUUGGAAGUUUUCUUUAAUUA